GGUGUUCGUAUUUUCUUCCUUGGUCAUUUUGUAGGAGUAUUAGGUGUUGAGCUCUAGUCUGGCGUGAUCCGGCGUUGCGAAUUCCAGGGGGCUAAAUCACUAAAUCCCGCUAGAGGGCGGUGUAAAAGGUGGAAAUUCGGGCGCUGGAAUUGCCUCACUAAGCAAACCCCUGAACCCGUCAGCUCUUAAAUCUGGGAACUGAAAUCAAGUCACAUUAUUCAAUAUGACGUCGCGAAAACUUAACGUAUUAGUUUAUACCGGUACGGGGUCGACGGUGGAAUCAGUUAAGCAUGCGAUUUAUUCUUUACGCCGACUUCUAUCACCAAACUACGCAGUUAUUCCCAUUACGGAGACAGUCCUUCUAAAAGAACCAUGGGCACCUACUUGCGCGCUACUAGUUUUUCCAGGUGGUGCUGAUCUUGGAUAUUGUCGCGUGCUGAAUGGUGAAGGAAAUUCAAUUAUAUCCGAAUAUGUGCGACGUGGUGGCGCAUAUUUGGGGUUUUGUGCCGGUGGAUAUUACGGGUGUAAAAGAUGCGAAUUCGAAGUUGGAAACAAGGCGAUGGAAGUUAUCGGGUCGAGGGAGUUGGCUUUCUUCCCGGGUACAUGCAGAGGUGGCGCAUUCAAGGGUUUCCAGUAUCACAGCGAAAAUGGCGCCCGUGCUGUGCGGGUGAACGUUGUGAAGGAUGCGUUCAGGGGAGCAGGCUUGGUCCCCGAAGUUUUUACCUCCUAUUAUAAUGGUGGGGGCGUCUUCGUCAACCCAUCGGAUAAAAAUAACGAAAUCGAGGUAUUGGCAAGCUACGCUAGCGAUCUCGACGUCGAUGGUGGUCGCGAAAAAGCUGCCCUAGUCUACUGCAAGGUUGGCCAAGGUGCCGCAAUUCUUACAGGGCCUCAUCCUGAGUUUGCCGCCGCAAAUCUGAGCCCGCACCACGAUGUUUUGGGCUAUGAUGACCUGAUCGCCGCACUCCGAGCUGAUGAUGAUGCUCGAACAAGCUUCCUGAAAGCUGGUUUAACCAAAUUGGGACUAGAAGUCAGUCAGGAGACAACAGGUGUGCCAUCCCUCUCACGACUUCAUUUGUCGUCUAUUUCUAGUAACGACGUCGAUGACCUGUUACACUCUUGGGAAGAAAUAAUCAGCAAGGAAGACGGCGAGGAAUACAUCAGGGCAGAAAACGACACAUUCCACUUACAAAAACCUGAAACCAUGUGGUCCGUCACCGGAUUAAGAGAAGCGCUGACUCCCGAUGGCAGUUCAGAUCAGAAGUCGUCUGAGCUAAGCAGCGGAGGCAUGGUUGAUUACACCACUAUCGUCAAGCGCAUUGUAACACAUGAGACAGCCUGGCCAGAAGCUAAAGCGACCCCCUAUUUCAAUCACAACGCUUUUUACUCGGCUUUACGGGAUUAUCGACUAUCAGAUCCCGAGGCGGAAGAAUGGGGCGACUUCUUGAUGUACGGCGAAGUCGUCACAAGUACCAACACGCUACUUGAGAAGAACUUCAAACUCCUUUCGAAGUUACCAUCGGGAUUUACACUCACAGCGACAACCCAAGUCGCAGGGCGCGGGCGCGGUAACAACGUCUGGGUAUCACCAGCGGGUUCACUAAUCAUGUCCACCGUUAUCAACCACCCGGCCCACCUCGCACCCAGCCGACCUAUCGUCUUCAUCCAAUACCUCGCCGCCAUCGCCAUCGUCCAAGCCGUCAAAUCCUACGAUCGGGGAUACGACGAAGUACCCGUGAAACUAAAAUGGCCGAAUGACAUCUACGCACUUGAUCCACGCCAGCCCUCAUCAUCGCCACCAUCAUACGUCAAAAUAGGAGGUAUCUUAUCGAAUUGCUCUUACUCCUCGGGAUCAUACCAAAUAGUCCUUGGCAUCGGCAUAAACGCCACGAACGGGCGUCCCACGACAUCCCUCGACGCCUUACUCCCCUCCCAUCUCGCGCCGUUCCGCAUUGAGAAGUUGACCGCUGGUAUACUGACUCGUCUAGAAGCGCUAUAUAAGACGUUUGUGCGUCGGGGUUUCACAAGGGAUAUGGAGGAUGCGUACUACGCGCAUUGGUUACAUGGACGGCAGAUCGUGAAUCUUGAGGCUCAGGGUGGGGUGAAGGCUCGUAUUGUGGGUAUCACGAGAGAUUGGGGUAUGUUAAGAGCGGAGGAACUGGGUAGUGACGAUAAACCGACGGGUAAAGUUUGGGCGCUGCAGAGUGAUGAGAAUAGUUUUGAUUUCUUUAGGGGGUUGGUGAAGAGGAAGAUCUAAGCUCUUAAUUCUAGCGUCGGGAGUAAAGGACGACAUACAACUGCCGGCCAUACAAGUUUCCACCACAAAUUUAUCUAUGCGCCCAUC